AUGCCUCAUGUAACAGACUGUUAUUUGAGAACAAAUUAUUAUUAUUAUUAUAUACCUGAAAUCACUGAACUGCCGUUUUGCCAUAGUAUGACACUUCUUGACAAUGAGCAUCCGCUUCUUUGCAACUGGAAUCGGAAGGAAGACAUUAGACUCUUGACCACUGAGUUGGCACCCAACAGUGUUGAU